AUUAAGUGAUUUUUAUAAAAUUAAAACUUAAAAAAAAAUUCAUUUUCUCAUUUAAAAACCACGUGUUAGAAUUUGUGUGGCAAAAAAAUGGCGAAAAUUGGUGCAUCUGAACAAAUUGAACCGUUACGUAUGUGUAGCAGUAAUGCAAACGAACGCAAUUCUUUACAUGAAUCGGACGAUUCUGGUGUUAAGUUACGAAAAGAAUUAGGAUUAUGGGAUGGUGUUGCAAUUAUUGUUGGUGUUAUUAUUGGAGCCGGUAUUUUUGUAUCACCGAAGGGUGUGUUAAUGUCUUCGGGAUCUAUUGGACAAGCGAUUAUUGUUUGGAUUUUAUCAGGAAUGUUAUCAAUGAUUGGUGCCCUUUGUUAUGCAGAAUUAGGUACAAUGAUACCGAAAUCUGGUGGCGAUUAUGCAUAUAUAAGUGAAGCAUUUGGAUCAUUGCCUGCAUUUUUAUACCUAUGGGUAGCCUUAUUUAUUUUAGUUCCCACUGGUAACGCUAUUACUGCCUUAACAUUUGCACAAUAUAUUUUACAACCUGUGUGGCCAUCAUGUGAACCUCCGUAUGAAGCAGUCCGAUUGAUUGCUGCCGUAAUUAUGUGUCUUCUAACUGCAAUCAAUUGUUAUAAUGUGAAAUGGGUGACACGAGUUCAAGAUAUUUUUACAGGAACAAAAAUAUUUGCAUUGUUAAUUAUUGUGUUUGCGGGUUUUUGGUACCUUGGUUCAGGCCAUACGGAGAAUUUUCAAAAUCCAAUGCAAAAUACAAAUGUACAUCCAGGACAUAUAGCUUUAGCAUUUUAUUCUGGAUUAUUUUCAUAUUCAGGAUGGAAUUAUUUAAAUUUUGUUACCGAAGAGCUUAAAGAUCCUUAUAAGAAUCUUCCAAAAGCAAUCUGCAUUUCAUUACCAUUAGUAACAUUAAUUUAUACAAUCACCAACAUAGCAUAUUUCAUUGUAUUACCAUCAGAUGAUAUUUUGGCAUCACAAGCAGUGGCUGUUACAUUCGCUAAUAAAGUAUUAGGGUUUGCGUCAUUUUUGAUGCCAAUAUUUGUAGCAUGUUCUACAUUUGGUUCCUUGAAUGGUGCUAUUUUUGCAUCAGCACGUUUAUUUUUUGUUGGCGCCCGUCAAGGACAUUUGCCUAAAGCAAUCGCUUUAAUUGAUGUUAAACGUAUGACACCCGUACCAUCGUUAGUGUUUAUGUGCAUCAUUUCAUUAAUAUUAUUAUUAAUCAAAGAUGUUUACUCUUUAAUAUACUACGUGUCAUUCGUGGAAGCAUUAUUUACAACAAUGUCAGUCACUGGAUUAUUAUGGAUGCGAUAUAAAUCACCCAAUAAACAACGACCAAUAAAGGUUCAUAUAUCAUUACCAAUCAUAUUUUUUAUAAUAUGUGCAUUUUUAGUAACAUUCCCAUGUAUUGUUAAACCUUGGGAGGUAGGUGUUGGUAUUGUAUUUAUUAUUUCUGGCAUACCCGUCUAUAUGUGCACAAUUUUAUGGCCAAAUAAAUAUUUAUUAAAAAUAUCAAAUGUUAUUAAUACAACGUGUGCGAAAUUCUUUGUUUGUAUGCCAGAAAAUAAAUCAUGGUGAGAUUUACAUUAACUUCACAAAUUUGACAAUAAUACAGGGUCGAAUAUUUAAAUCAAUUCAAUUAUAGCUAAUAUUUUUCACAGUCAAUUGAUUAAGUCAAUUAUUGUAAUGAUGGAAUUAAGGUUGUAUGGUCAUAAUUGUUGAGUUAACUAAGCAGGUGGAUAGAGACGAUUUCGCACCAAAAAUAACCCCUUCCGUAUCCUUAAUUUGUCUCAAAUUUUUUAGAAAUUGUCAGAGAACUGUGGUAAAAUUCUGUACGUUACUUAAAAAUAUUGAGAAAUUAUCAAAUUUAAGUAGUAGAAAUUAUCGCGACAAUUUGGCUAUUGAUGAUUUAUA